UCUGCCGGAAAUUUCGUUUGGGCUGCCCUAAUAGCUGAGGUAACAGAUCCUAUUUAAGUAAUCCAAAGAGGAGAAAGCAAGAAGACGAAAAAACCCUAGAAAAAAAAAGCUUCUAGGUGUUCCCUAUCUCGCUUCUCGCGCCCUUGGUGAUUCGAUCUCCUUGCGUCUCGAUCAAAAGCCGCGGGUUUGGCUUCACUCUCCGCCGCGAAUCGGAUGGACGCGGCGGAGGAGGAGGCGGUGGCGUGGGCGCCGAUCGGGGGACGGCUGGAGGCGUUUUUCUGUAAAUAAGCCGGGGGCUCGUGUUAUUCCCCCUCUCUCUCCCCCGUGGAAGCAAUGGGCUGCGCCUGUGGCAAGCCCUCCGCGAUCGAGGACAGCAGGGAGAGCCCGAGGGAGAGGCCGCCAGCGCCGCAUUCGGUGUCGGGGACGGUGCAGGCGGUGGCGCCGGCCAAGCUCUCGUCUUCCGUGGAGCGCGCGGCCUCCGCGGCGGUGACGGUGUCUUCUUUGAGUCGCGAGGAGGUGGUGUCCGUUAGGGGAGAUGGGGGCGCGGUGUUGGUGGCGGAGAAGAAGCACAUGAGUGGUCCGAUUAGGGCUAAUGGACAGGAUGCUGAGAGGAGGAGGGAGAGGCAGGUUUAUUCCAACCAUCCUAUGAGGGUGGCUAGCGGUGUUCCGAAGGCUAUGGAAGGGGAGCAGGUGGCGGCUGGGUGGCCGCCCUGGCUUGCAGCUGUGGCCGGAGAGGCCAUUCGGGGUUGGGUGCCUCGUCGUGCGGAUUCGUUUGAAAAACUUGACAAAAUUGGCCAAGGAACUUAUAGUAAUGUUUAUAGAGCUCGUGAUCUUGAUAAUGACAAAAUUGUCGCUUUGAAAAAAGUGCGGUUUGAUAACCUGGAGCCCGAAAGUGUAAAGUUUAUGGCUAGAGAGAUUCUCAUUUUGCGCAGGCUUGACCAUCCAAAUAUAAUAAAGUUGGAAGGCUUGGUAACAUCACGGAUGUCUUGCAGUUUAUACCUUGUUUUUGAAUAUAUGGAACACGAUCUUGCUGGGCUCGCUUCCUUCCCUGGACUCAAGUUCACUGAACCCCAGAUUAAAUGUUACAUGCAACAGCUGCUACGUGGACUUGAUCAUUGUCAUAGUCGUGGGGUUCUGCAUCGGGACAUUAAGGGUUCCAAUCUCUUAAUUGACAAUAAUGGCAUCUUAAAAAUUGCAGAUUUUGGUUUGGCAAGCUUCUUUGAUCCUGAUCAGCGACACCCAUUGACAAGCCGUGUAGUUACUCUGUGGUAUAGACCCCCAGAGCUCUUACUUGGGUCCAAUAGUUAUGGGGUUGCUGUGGAUUUGUGGAGCACUGGUUGCAUUCUUGCUGAAUUAUAUGCAGGCAAGCCUAUAAUGCCGGGAAGAACGGAGGUGGAGCAGUUACACAAAAUAUUCAAGCUUUGUGGUUCACCUUCUGAUGAAUAUUGGAGGAAAUCUAAAUUGCCUCAUGCCACCAUUUUCAAACCACAACAACCCUACAGGCGAUGUGUUGCUGAAACAUUUAAAGAUUUCCCUGCAUCAGCUUUAGCAUUAAUGGAUGUCCUUCUUUCAAUAGAUCCAGCAGAUCGUGGAACUUCUGAUUCUGCCCUUAAGAGUGAGUUUUUUACAACGAAACCACUUUCUUGUGAUCCUUCAAGCUUGCCUAAAUAUCCUCCAAGCAAAGAAUUUGAUGCAAAACGACGGGAUGAGGAAGCUCGAAGGCAAGGGGCUGCAGGAGGCAAGGUGCAUAGACUUGACCUUGAAAAGAGAGGACUAAGAGAGUCUAGAGUAAUUCCUGCACCUGAUGCCAAUGCUGAGUUAGCCUCAUCAUUGCAGAAAAGGCAAGGCCAGCUCAAUACCAAAAGCAGAAGUGAGAAGUUCAAUCCACAUCAGGAGGAAGUUGCUUCUGGAUUUCCAAUAGAGCCACCUCGACCAACUCAUGUCCUAGAAGCAACUGAGGAUUCUCAGUCUCGUUAUCCUAAUAGGUCAUCCCAUUCUGGACCUUUGGUCCAUCGAAGUCAAUGGUCAAAAGCUCGGAAGAAUGAGGAUGACAUACCUAAGGCUACUGCAGUUGCUAACCUAUCAGCUUUGUCUGGAUUUGUGGCAGCAAGGAGGAACAGUGAAAAAAUUGGUGCUCAUUUAGAAGAAGUUGCCCCAACAGGCAGGUUGUCCGAAUCUAGUAACGAACCCUCAGAUGCAACCAGAAAGUAUGCUCAAAUAUAUCAUCGGAAAGAAGAUGAAAGGAACAGCAACAUGGAUCAAUAUACUCAGAGUUACGGACCUAAAGGAAACAAGAUCCAUUAUUCGGGGCCGCUACCGCGCCCGUCAGGCAAUAUUGAUCAGAUGCUCAAGGAUCACGACCGCCAGAUCCAAGAAGUCUUCCGACGGGCUCGGCUUGACAAGUCAAAAGUUAGGAAAGUUCAGGGCAAUGGUAACCAAAUUGGUGCCAAGCCUAGUGAUUUUGGUGCCAUUCCAGUUUAUCCCUCCAGCCGUGGGCCACCAUUUCCAGUUUUUACUUCAAACCGUGGUGCCGUGCAGUAAAACCUGCAGAAACGACUGCUCAAGCUAUAAGCUUGAUGGAACAUGAAGUCGAACAAGAGGACCGCUGCUGCUUUCGUUAGAAUUGGGGAAUUGUGGAUCUCUUGGCUUUUGGGGUGGGAUUGCAGUCAGGGUGAUGUAUAGAGAUCUUUGCAUUGCUUGUCUAGUAUGAAUCUUUGUAAUGAACAAGUGAUUUAUUAAUUGAGGUGAAACUUAGCCAUCUAUGUCAAA